AUCGCUACUCGGCUAGUUUAGUCUAACCAAAAUGGCGAUCCUCAUGUAGGGGUCGAGUGUGAUUAUUGGACGAAUUUUUCAGCAGUUUUAGACAGUUUAUUCUCCUUUCUUGUUAUCUAUACUGUGAGCCAUGUUCACAAACAUAGGCCUGAGGGCAGUCCUCAAGGUCCCAGCUAGUGUUUUGCGAGAAAGCUCGGCAGCUCUCUGUUGUGCUGCAUCAGUCAAACCGUGGACGAACAGGUCGAGUUUACUGUCAGGACCAAAAGUGAGAAGUGUUGCAGGAAGCUUUGCUGUUCCACAGCCAGUGAGACACUAUGCCCGGGCUGCAAAGAAGAAGAAGAAGACAGGACCUGAGAGCCAGCUCAGUGAUCUUCCUCCAACAAUGCUGAAGAUGGAUUAUGCAGCUGUUCCCCUUGCUCAAACAACUGAUGAUCUUGUCAAAAGGCUUCUUUCACUGGAGUUGGCUAGUCAUAAGGAAAAGCUACAGCUAAAACAAGAACAGCUAAUUGCAAAGGUCCAGAGAGAUGAGAGUGACCGAAGCUCAGAGGAAGUACAAGUGGCUAUAUUGACUGCUAGAAUCCGAAACUACCAGGAACAUUUGCAAAAACAUCAUAAGGAUAAAGCAAACAAGAGGCGAAUGCUUAUGGCCAUUGACCGAAGGAAAAAGAUUUUGAAACACCUUCGGUUGAUUCGCUACGAUGCCUUUGAGAAAGUGUGUGAGCAGCUGGGCAUCACAUACACCUUCCCCCCAGAGUACUACAGGCAGGCCACCCGUCGCUGGAUGGCCAAGAAAGAAUUCUGCAUUAAGGUCUUCAAAGCAGUGCAAAAGCAAAAAGCAGAGCAGAAGCUGAAGAUAAAGCAGAGUUCAGGCUCCACAGACACAGAGGCAGCAAAGACAAAUGCAGCUGACAUCUAAUGAGACAAAAGCCACAAUCUGUACACCUUAAGAUGUAGUGAUGUGUCAUGCAGAUAAAUAAAUGUUUUUCCCAUGCUGCCGUCACACGAUUAUACUUUCUAUUGUUGUCAUUUUGAUACCAGAACUGUCUGGAGAUGUCGAAGAUUCAUAAGAAUAAAAUAUCUGAGAAAGCCGGGUUGGAAUAAUCCUCCAAAGUGUAAUUGAACUAAAGCAUGACUACUAGAUGUAUUAAUUUAAGAUGUCAUUUUAGAAAACCAGGAAGCCAGAAACUCAAGUACAGGAUUAAUAUGCUAAUUUUAAAUAAACCUACACUGCAAAAUCUC